AUGCGAGGGAGCGCGGAAGGGGCGAGGAGGCUAGAGAGGGAGGGAGGGGGCGGCAAGGGGGGAACAAGGGAUGAUGACAGGGGAGCGGGGAGGGGGAGAGGAGGGGUGGGGGUGGAGGGGGAAGGGGCAAGGGCGCGAGGACCAAGGCAAGGAGGGGAAAAUGGGAGGGGAAGAGCGGUAGCAGGAGGAAGGGGAGGGAGAGAGCGCGAGGGCAGAGGAGGGGAGAGGGGAGGCGGAGGGAGGGGGUACGGGGUUACUAACCGUGCGCUAUUGUGUACAUGGAACAACAACAUACCUUGCGAGGGGGGAGCGCGGGAUGAGGAGAGGGGACUGGGGGAUGACGGGACGAGGGUGGGGGAAGGGGGAUGGCGAACGAGGGAGGGGGGAUGGGAGCAGCGGCUAGAGUGGAGGGUGAUGGCAGGAGAUGGGCGAGGGGGAGGCGAGGGUGCGGAGAGCAGGGGCUCGAGGGAGAAGACGGCAGGGGAGUGGGGUGAGGGGUCAGGGGGAGGGGCGGGGGAGAGUGCGACGGGUGGAGGGAUGGCGAGAGCUGGAGGAGGAAAGGGCAACGACAAAGGGAGCGGGAGGGGGAGUGGGGAACGAGGGGGUAUGGGGUUACGAACUAUACCUUGCUGUGUACAUGGAACAACGACAUACCCUGCUUCGUAUCACUAUAAUUCUCAAACCACGAAGUGUUUUGAGGCCUUCUCAAAAUAA